CGCCCUCCCCAUCUGGUCUGUGAUCUCUGAUCUCUGAUGCAUGUUUUCAGGAUCUUCCAGCAGGUGACGGGUCUGCGUGUGACGGGCCGUCCAGACAGCAGCACGCUGGCCAUGAUGAGAGCCGCUCGCUGUGGCCUGAGUGACCCCUUUAGCCACACGCUGAAAUACCGCACCCUGGGUCAGUGGAGUAAGAAGAGACUGACGUACCGCAUUUAUAAUCAUCCGCUGUCUCUGGGUUUGUCUGGGACACGAGCGGCGGUUCGCGCGGCCUUUGGUUACUGGAGCGCCGUCAGCCCUCUUCACUUCCAGGAGGUCAGCAGAGGUCACGCCGACAUCAAACUGUCCUUCCACAGGAGAAACCAGGGCUGCUCUGUCGCAUUCGACGGACCGGGGCAAGUUUUGGGGCACGCUGAAGGCCCGGAGUCCGGCACGGUUCACUUCGAUGCAGAUGAGGUGUGGACGGAGGGGCGGAGUUCUGGAGCAAACCUGCGCAUCAUAGCCGCCCAUGAGAUAGGCCACGCCCUCGGAUUAGGCCACUCCCAGUACCACAGUGCGCUCAUGGGCCCUGUGUACACAGGAUACCGCCACAACUUCAGACUCCACCAGGACGACAUCCGCGGCAUACAGACUCUGUACGGUAAGAACAUGCAGAUGUGUUUCCAUCCAGUGUUCUAUACAAAAGCCAGAUCAACUACCGGACCCUUGCGUCGGGGGACUGGACGCCAUGAUGCUGGCCUCAUGUCCUUGUGCUUUAUCUUUUCAGGGCCUCUUCACAAGACACUUGCUUUCAGAGGUCAUUACGUGUGGACGCUCUCAGAUUCAGGUUAUAACAGUCCCAUUCACAUUAAUGCCUUGUGGAAAGAACUGCCCAGCAACAUCAAUGCAGCCGUUCACUCGCAAAGAACCAGCAAAUCAUAUUUUCUUAAAGGAGAUAAAGUCUGGAGAUAUUCGGGAUUUAAACUGGACCAGGGCUACCCGAAACGCCUCACCAUUCCCUCCAACAUACAGGCCGCGUUCUUCCUCAGGAGCCACCGAGCGCUCGUCUUCAUCAAGAGUGAUUGUGUGUCUGUUCCGCAGGGAUCAGAAUACUGGCUCUGGGAUGAACUGCGGUCAGCUAAACAUCUCCAGCUGAAGGCCGCUCUGCCCUCGGAUCUGGACGCUGCCUUCACGGGGGGCGACGGGCGCGUCCAUGUGUUCAGCGGCGCGUGGCACUGGCGUCUGAGUCCCACGCUGACGCCGGAGAAGGGCUAUCCGCACCGCUCCAGACACAGAUGGAUGCACUGUGACCAUUAAUAGAUGUCAUUUACAUAUCAUACAUCAAACAGGCCAUCAUCUAGAGUUAAGAUAGCAGACAUAUUACAAGAUAUUGUCAGCAGUUUAUUAGUGGUCUGUUUUUCUCUCUGAUGUAGGCCUACACAUGAUCACAUAUAUAUUUUACAUGUAUAUAUACUUCUGCAUGACUCUAAUAACUGAUGUAUUAGACGCUCACAGGCUUGUAAAGCACUUUUGAUUCAUUUUUAAUUAUUCAAAUGAGAAUUAAUAAAAAGGAUUGAAACUAAAGUCAGUGUAGCAGGUUAUAAUGGAUGGCUAGUAAAUGUAUUCAUUGAAGGAAAUAAGACCAUUUUCAGAAAUAAACGCAUCUAAUAUCACUUUUCUAGGAAUAGUUCAGUUCCAAACCCUCGUGAACGCUAAUAGAGAAUAAUGCAUUAGUUCCAUUAUGUGGAACUAUUUUUUGUAGAAUGAAAAUAAGCUGUGAAGUUUUGAGAAAAACAUCCGCCGUAUAUCCAGAGCACGGAAUAAAAACAUUUCAUUACAGAAAGAAUCAUUUCAAAUGACAUCAACUUUAAAUCUACAGUUCAGCAGGUCGUCAUGGAGAUAAUGCAAGUGAGUGACACAUGAGCUGUUUAAGUGCCCUCAGUAGGGAA